AAUGAAUUCAUUAUUCGAACUUUUAGAUUGUUAUGAUGAAAAAGAAAAGGAGAUCUUUGAAUUGUAAAUAUCGCAUGCUAUUCAAGCCUCAAUUCAAAUAAAAAUAAUAUGAUGGAUUUUUUGAAAUUAGUAAUUGAAACCCCAAGUGACUUACAUCCAAAGUAUGUCUAAAUCCCUUAAUUAGAUAUCCUUUCAUUGUCAGCGAAUUAAUGUUUGGAAGCUAUGAACAACUACUACAAAUGAUGUUUGAGUGGAAUGGAGAACCAAUUUAAUAUUUGCUGACAUUCUUCAAUUAUCCAUAAAAUGACACUUCGUGUGGCUAUUUUGAAAAAAUGAUAAGGCCUCUAAUUUUAUUGAAAUCAAAUGAAAUCAAACCCUUUUUAGAGAUUUCUUCAUGGAUUAAAUAUAUUGAUUAAGAGUCCAUUCAAAAUAUAUUCUAAACAAUAUUGGCAUCUAGCAAUUUGGAUGACAAUUUCAAACAAGAUCUGUUGGGAAUGCUUUUAAAUUAAAAUUUUAUAAGUGAGAAUGUGUUUCGUAUAAUAAUUAAAUACUCAGACUUAUUUUAAAUAUAUGUGAAUCAACAUCAAGAAAUUUUUGGUGUUAUUUGUAAUCAAUCACCUUCCUCAUUUCAUUAAUUGUGCACUAUUGAAUUAUUUAUGGGGUGGAAUAUGAUAAAUUUAGAAUGGCUUCAUAACUAAAUUAAUUAUUUAGAAUAGCUAAUCUAUAAAAAUUUUGAUUUUUGCAAAUCCAUGAUGAACUUCUUACAUAAACCACAAGGACUUACAGAAAUUGAUUUAAAAGUCAUACAUAUACUAUCACAAACUAUCAACAGACCAGAAACAAUUAAAUUUCAGAACGUGUUAUUGGAAUUGCUAAUUAAAUAUGAAUGGAAUAAUAAUUUAUAAAAUAUUGCCAUUAAAAUGUAUCAACAAAUGUCUUAAGAGGAUACACCUCAUAAAUAAUAUGUAUUAUUUGUUAUGUAACAUUUUAGUUUCAAUCAAUAAUAACUGAUUUUAUAACAGCCAAUGUAAAUUUCUAAAAAUUCGAGUUUGGAUUAAAAACCUAAUUGCCAAGAGGAUACAGAUGGGUGUUUACUAGAAUUGUCAAAUUAUUUUCAUUAAACUUCAAUUAAGCUUAAGAUAUAAAUAUAUUGGAAGGCAAAUAUAUCUUAAAUGAAGACCCUUAUAAUACUAGAGAAAGAUAAUCUAUUAAUAUUCUAGAGAAAGUAUCAGAAAGAAGAACAUAAUGGGCAAAAAGAAUUUAAGAAGAGGAAAUGUAAAAACAAGAGGAAAAAGAACACAUUCAAAUUGAAGAAGAAGAAAAUAAUGAAAAUGAUUAAUUCUUUCAACCUAGAAAUAGUUUUGGAGUCAAACCACCAAUAAUAAACAAUGACGAAGAAGUGGAAGAUGAAAUUCCAGUAAUAGAAAAUUAACCUAGAAACAGUUUUGGAACAAAACCAAUAAUAUUUGAGGAAGAGGUGGAAGAUGAAAUUCCAAUAAGAGGAAGAUCCAGUUGUUAAUUCAAAUAAGAUGAUAACGAUUGAUUUCUAAUUUUUGU